AUGUGGGCCCUCCUGAAAGUUAUCCUGGGUGAGCUCAGACCAGCCCCCGCCGGGUGGAAAAGGAGGAGCCCCCCGGCCGGGCUCAACCGCCCCUUCCCCACCGCUGUCCGCAACCGCAUCCCCUCCGGGCCGGGCCCCGCCGUCCCCCGCUGCCCGCACUCACCGGCCCGCGGCGGUGCCCGCUUCCACCGCCGCCGCCGCCGCCGUGCCCCGGCCGUCCCGGGCCGUGCGCAGGAGCGAGCCGCCCCCCGCACCGCCUCCCGCGCCGCGGUACACCGACCCCUAGGGGGAGGAAUGCACCGGCACCGCACCGGCACCGCACCUGGACCGGCGCCGCACCGGCACAACACCUGGACCGGCACCGGCACCUCACCUGGACCGGCACUGCACUGGCACCGCAGUGACAGCAACACUGCCAUGGACACACGGGCACCAGCCCCGGCACCGCACCGCAGUGACAGCGACAGCAGCACCGCGGCACGGCACACACCGGCACCGGGGCACCCCUGGCACGGCACGGACCGGCACCAGGGCUUCCCGCACCCACCACGUGUCAGUGUCCCCCAGCACCGCCGUGCGCCCCAGCUGGGAGACACCCCGAUGUGGCUUCUGGGCUGCGCCCCCGCUGGGAACCCCCAAAGCUCCUCCAGCCACUCACCUGCAACCCGCUGCCCGCCUGGCCCCUGUCCCCCCGUGGCACUGCCCACGUUCCAUCCACAGCCACACGUUACCAGCACAGCCCAUCACCAGUGA